AUGAACCCGAAUCUACAGAUAUUCGUGAGUUCCAGAGUAGCAUUUUUCAGUCAGUUCUGUGUUUUCAGCUCAACAAAAAGACGCCGUACCAUCGGAUUCCAACAAACUUGGACAGAUUAUAUGAAGAGGUGAGACAGAUAUGGCAGAAAGGUUGAAAAGAUGAAUUGAAAUUUCAGGAUUGGAAAGAAUACUACUCCCCUUCCGACUUUCCGUCGCUCUCCAGUCUCUUCCGCUCCAAAAAUCGAUCAUUUCUCCUUUUGAUUGGUGCAAUUUUCCUUGUUUUUCUGCUCCUUUUGAUCAUGUUUCGUGGCAAUGAGGGUUAGUAGAAACAGACGGAAAGCGGACCGAGAGACCACCUCUUCUGUAGAGACUCAGACACAACCGCACGCAAACAUUUCCUCCCAUUCGUUCCCUUUUUGCAGAAGGAAAAAUUUACACAAAAAUGGAGGAGACGACGUCAUCUGAGGCCAUCAAAAUAGGUAAGCACGCAUUCAGAGAUCUUCUCCGUAAAAUUAUCAGUUCAGAAGCCCAAACGUUGGGUGUGGCGAAGGAAGAUGUGAGAGGAUCUCUGGAGAAUUAUUUGAACUCGAUCGAUCCACAUGAGCAAUAUCCAGAUGACGUCAAUUCGGUGAAACCACAUCAUAUCCGAGUGAUCGGAGCUAUGGGAGAUUCUCUGACGGUUGGUCCCUUACGGUUUCUCUCUGAAAACACUGUGUACAUAGAUCGGCUCGAGAGCUUCAAACGUCAUUAAAGACGAGAAACAACGUUAUCCCGGAAACGCGUUCUUCACUGGAAUGGACACGGAAGUCGAUGGUCAUUUGACUGUCUACAGUAAGAUAUUCUCCAGCUUUGUACAGUAGACUUUGAGAAUUCAGACAUCUUCCGUGUGAUUGCCGAAGAGACUGAUUCGAAGUUAUUCGGCGGCAGCACCGGAGAAGAUUAUGGAGAGAACACGGGUCUCAACGUGGCAGUCGGCGGACGGAAAAGCGACGAUAUUCUGAGACAGGCGGAAGAUCUGGUGGCCAGGAUCAAGGCCAACUCCGAGGUACCAAACAACGGGACUGAUUCUCAGAAAAAAGGGAGUUUCAGAUUGACAUCAAAAAGGAUUGGAAGUUGGUUUCGCUCUGGAUCGGAACGAACGAUGUUGGAGACCUGGGAUACGGGUUCGAGCCGCCAAUUCCAGCGGAAACGUACAAGACGAACAUUGAGAAGGGGCUUUCGUACCUAAAAGAGAAUCUCCGAGGACAAUCGUCUCGAUCAUCGGAAUGUUUCCGGCUCAGCUGCUCCAGGAAGCUCAGUCGAUUCUGAAGACUGGGUUAGGGAUAGCAACUCAACAACAAAAAGAGUUUCCUUUCCAGAAACGGGCAAAGGACGUUGAGAAUCAGAAGAAGUUGGACGCCCUCUCGAACGGAUAUCGGCAAGCGUCCUUCGAAAUCCAAAACGAGGGAAAGUUCAACACAAGAGAGUUCACAGUGGUUGUUCAGCCGUUUGCCACUCAAUAUGACAGUGUAUACGUUGACGUGAGUGGGCGGGAGAGUGGCGAAAAUAGGAUGGAAAUUUCCAGAGAAUCGGCAACUACAACUCCUCGUUCUAUGCUAUUGAUCUUUUCCAUCUGAGCAAACUGGGUCACGCCAUUCUCGCGAAGCACUACUGGCAGAAUCUGUUCGAAUCUGUCGGAGAGAAGACGACAAAGGCCGAGCUGGGAGACAUUUCUCCUCGCAUUUUUGAGUUGAAUACGGUAUAUAAACAGAGGAAAAUGGGAAAUUGAGAGGUUUACGUUUCAGGAGAACUCAUUCAUCAAGACAAUCGGAAACAGCAAAGUAUAA